AUGGGCAUACCAAUAAAUGAAGACACUUGCUUAUACACUUUGCAAUUCGCUGACGACCAAGUUAUUCGUCCAGGAGACAAAGAUGACUUGGAAUAUAUGACACGAAAACUUAAAGAGGAAUACCAAGUUUGGGGACUGGGGAUGAAUAUCGCAAAAACUAAAUAUCUCUGCACUGGAUCGGAUCAAACAGCAAUAAAACUAGAUAAUGAAUACAUACAAACAUGUAACGAAUACAAAUACCUAGGCGUUACUUUUGAUAAAUCCGGCAAAGACGACAACGAAAUAAGCUCGAGAAUAGUCAAGGCCAGAAAUGCAAUAAAGUGUCUGAAUAAUAUACUCUGGAGUAACGAAAUAGGUAAUGACAGAAAACUAAGGAUUAAUGAUGCGACAGUCAAGAACAAUCUGUUAUUUGGGGCGAAAACAUGGAGGUUAACAGAGAAUAACAAAAGAAAAUUACUGGCGGUAGAAAUGGACGCGAUAAGGAGAUUAGCACGAACAUCAAAGCUGGAUAGAGUACGAAACGAGACAUUCAGGGACAAAAUGGGUAGACAGAAAAAUAUAGUAGAGGAAAUAGAGAGUGCCCAACUGAAGUGGUAUAGGCAUGUGAGAAGGAUGGACAACACGCGACUGCCUCAGAAGGAACUAAACUGGCUUCCAUAA